AUGCAGGAAUCGAUGUCGUCAUCCACAGUGGCCGUGCAGGGUUCCGGAUGGGGAUGGCUGGGAUAUUGCCCGAAAAGGAAAAUCCUCAAGAUAACGACGUGUCUAAAUCAAGAUCCUCUUGAAGCCACCACGGGAUUGAUUCCUUUGUUUGGUAUCGAUGUCUGGGAACAUGCUUACUAUCUCCAGUACAAGAAUGUCCGACCUGAUUAUGUAAAAGCUAUCUGGAAAAUUGCCAAUUGGAAGAAUGUCAGCGAGAGAUUUGCUAAGGCACAGCAGAGUUGA